GUAAAAAAAUAAAAUGGAUAAGAAAGCAGCAAAAUCAAUCUUCAGCUGAUGUUUUUCUAUUAGAAAAUGCUUUUUAUCGAGACAAAACUAUGGUUUUUGAUCAGUGUAAUAAUUUAUUUCAUCAAUGUAAUGGUGUUGUUCUAUAGUUUCAUAUGUGCAAACGUUUCAAAAGUGAUUGAUUUGUUGGAAGUGUGAAGUUGAUUUUUAGAAUCCCGACGGAAGAGUAAUACCUCAUCGACCCUGCUUUCAAUUCCAAGUUAUAUCUGUAUCUUAACUGCGUUUGUUCAACAUCGAUUUUUCUUAAGAAUAAUUCUCAAUGGAGCGUCCGAAACGGCAAAAGACCGGAUCUGCCGGCAAAAUGAUGGCAUUUGAGAGAUUGAAGCAGUUGAAAAGCGGCGGUGGCAAACAUAAAGUCGACGUCGGCCCAAUGGAAAAUGUUUAUGAAGAAGUAACCGAAGAAGAAUAUACUGAAAACGUCUUGAAACGGCAGCAAGAUGAUUGGAUUGUUGAUGAUUUUGGAACUGAAGGCUACGUUGAAGACGGCCGCGAAAUCUUUGACGAUGAUCUAGACGAAGCAAGUAUACAGAAAGAUCGUAAAAGUAAAAAAAGAGAUUAUACUGGUGCUCAUAAGAAAGUAGAACCUCCGAAAGGCAAUAUACAGAAAAUGCUUGCCAACAUGCCCGUCAAGAAAAAAAAAGUUACAACGGAAAACGAUGAUAUUCUCAAUGAACUAAUGGGAAAUUUGGACGAAGAAUACGGUUCAAAAGGCCCAAGACCUCUUCCCGUUAGAACAUAUAGCUCUAGACCUCCGAAAACUCCGCUGAAUGAUGAUUAUAGACGUAUGCAACCUUCUUCUGAUGACAACUUUGUCAAUACAUUUGUGAAAGCCCAGUCAAAUGAUGACUUCGAUUGUAUCAAUGCUAAAACUCCUUCGAAAAGAGAUCUAAAGGAUAAUUCCGGUUCUUCCGCGUCAUCGAAAAUGGAAAAUAUUCCUAAAACAGUAGUCAGGAGCGUAACACCACCAGUGUUUGAAAAAAAAGUCGAAUCGGAGAUUAUCGAAUUUCCCGAGGAUGAUUUCGACCCUGUGAACCUUGAAAUUCCAUCAAACUCGUGUUCAAAUUCUUCCAACUCAGAAAUUGCUUUGAACGGUAGCUCCAGUCGUGUGAAUGGAAGUGUUCCCAGAGUCAAAUUCGAAACUCCAAAUUCGCCGGUGGUUGAAAAAGAUGGUAUGAAAGGCUCCAGCUCAGAAGUGGUUGUCAAAAAAACACCUUCGAAAUCUAGUUUACCAGAUUCAUUAGCCUCGUGGAGUCCCUGCGUCAGCGAUAGUAUUCCAUCUGUUAAUAUUGAUUGUUCCAAAUUGCCAUUAUUCGAGAAAGAAGAUGGUACCAAAGUAUUCAGAUUUUUCUAUUGGGAUGCUUAUGAAGACUUAUUUACCAAACCGGGAACAAUUUAUCUGUUUGGCAAAGUUUGUGUAGAAGGUUCGGAAUAUGCCAGCUGUUGCAUCACCGUUAAAGAUGUGGAAAGGAAGAUAUAUUUAUUGCCUCGAGAAAAAAAAAUGGAUUUGAAAACGAAAGAAGAAACUGAUGAGCUUGUUUGCAUAAGGGAUGUUUAUGAUGAAUGGAAUGAUCGAAUGACUGCGAAGUAUCGAAUCUCAUCAUUUAGAAGUAAAGAAGUCAGUAAAAACUACGCAUUUAAUUUUUCGGACGUCCCGGAUACCAGCGAUUAUCUCGAAAUAAGAUAUAAACCCGAGUUUAGUGCUGUACCAUCGGACUGUGUUGGUGAAACAUUCAGUCGUGUUUUUGGUACAAAUACGUCAUUUCUGGAAAUAUUUCUCAUUGAAAGAAAAAUCAAAGGACCUUGUUGGUUAGAAAUUGUCGACCCUGUUCCGUCUAAUCCACUAGCCAGUUGGUGUAAAUUCGAAGUUACAUGUGAUAAUGUGAGCAAUAUUUCCGUCAUCAAAGACGGUGGACCUCCACCUCCGUUGGUUGUCGUUGCGCUAAACAUGCGGAUAACUCCGAUUCCGCCAAAAUCUGUGGAUAAUCAGAUCACCAUGAUAAGUUGUUUGGUGCAGACUAAAUAUCAUACUGAUAGAGAAGCUCCUAGUAAACCAUUUGAACACCAUUUUUGCGCAUUCACCAAACCAGAAAAAACUACUUGGCCUUACGACAAUAAAGAAUUUUUUGACAACUACAAAGCUACGAAAUUGGAUAAAGUCACUUCCGAGCGCGGCUUACUUGGAUUAUUUUUGGCCAAAUUUCACAAGAUAGAUCCAGAUUUAAUAGUUGGACAUGAUAUUUGCGGUUUCGAUAUAGGUACAUUGGUCCAUAGGCUAGUGCAAAAUAAAGUGAUGAAUUGGUCUCGAUUGGGAAGAUUACGUCGAUCAACUGCACCGAAUUUGGGAAAAGGUCGUAAUUUCGCUGAAAAAAAUAUAUUAUGCGGCCGUUUACUGUGUGACGUGACGAUUUCCGCCAAAGAACUUAUUAGAGCUAGGAGUUAUGACUUGGAUACUUUAUGUCAACAGGUGCUCAGUAUUCCAGAAGGAUCUAGGAAGGAUCUCAACUCUGAAGAAAUCAGAUCGAUGUACCAAACAUCAUCCUCCCUUUUGAAAUUGAUUGAACUGACCAUGUUGGACGCUUCUUAUAUUUUACGCAUUAUGUACAAAUUGAACGUUAUUCCGUUAUCGCUGCAAAUUACAAAUAUCGCUGGUAAUAUACUAUCUCGUACUCUGAUGGGAGGACGAGCAGAACGAAACGAAUACCUGUUGUUGCACGCUUUCAAUGAUCAAAAUUAUAUCGUACCCGAUAAAUCGUAUGCCAAAAAGAAUGUAAAAGGUGAUCAAGCGAAUUUACCGGAUAAUACUGCCGAACCAGUCGUUGGUAAAGGAAAGCGUAAGCCUCAAUAUGAAGGUGGUCUAGUACUUGAACCUAAGAAAGGAUUCUACGAUAAAUAUAUUCUGUUGAUGGAUUUCAAUUCCCUAUAUCCGAGCAUUAUUCAAGAAUUUAACAUAUGUUUCACGACGGUCUGUGUUCGAGGAAUGAAUAUAGACGAGGGAGAUAUUGAAGUAUUGAUGAAUCAUCUUCCUUCUGCCACCAAACCGGGAAUUCUACCCACUGAAAUUCGUAAACUAGUAGAAUCUCGACGAGCUGUAAAAACUUUAAUGGCGAGACCUGAUAUUUCAGCGGAUCUUAAGCAUCAAUACGAUAUUCGGCAGCUGGCUUUGAAAUUAACUGCCAAUAGUAUGUACGGUUGUUUGGGAUUCCCGAAUUCCAGAUUUUAUGCUAAGCCAUUAGCUGCUAUGGUUACUGCUAAAGGCAGAGAUAUUUUAGUAAAUACGAAGGACUUGGUGCAGAAACUGAAUUUUGAUGUGAUUUAUGGAGAUACGGAUUCUUUGAUGAUAAAUACGAAUUCUACUAAUUUCGACGAAGUUUUUCAAAUUGGUUACAAAAUCAAAGCAGAAGUAAACAAGCUGUACAGACAAAUUGAACUUGAUAUCGAUGGCGUUUUUAAAUACAUGUUGCUAUUAAAAAAGAAGAAAUACGCCGCAGUCACGAUUAGCAAAAUUAAUGAUAAAUUAGUGAAUAAACAAGAAAUUAAAGGUUUAGACGUCGUAAGAAGAGAUUGGUCUCCUUUAUCAGCCAACGCUGGAAGAUACGUAUUGAAUCAAUUACUCUGUGAUCAAAAUAUUGAAGACAAAUUGGCUAAUAUUCACUCGAAACUGCUCAAUAUUAAGAACGAUCUCGAACAGAACGCGGUUCCAAUCGGUGAUCUCGCUAUUACUAAACAGCUGACCAAAAAUCCCGAAGAUUAUCCGGAUAAGAAAAGUUUACCUCAUGUACAAGUCGCUUUGCGAAUGAAUCAACAUUUAACGAAAAAAUUCAAACAAGGAGAUACAAUUUUCUACGUCGUAUGCGAGGAUGGCACCACUAACGCAGCUACUCAACGAGCGUACCACGUAGAUGAGCUGAAAAGCAAUUCGGAUUUGAAAAUCGACGUAAAAUAUUAUCUUUCGCAGCAAGUUCAUCCUGUUAUUACUCGUUUAUGCGAACCUAUCGAAGGAAUUGAUGCUGCACAGAUAGCCGAAUCUUUAGGCCUCGACUCGUCAUCUUAUGUCAAAAGAAUUGAUACGAUAAUCGAAGAAAGCGAAGAAAUGCUUGUCGAUGAAAGUGAUAAGUUCAAAAAUUGCGAAAAGUUCGAAUUCAACUGCCCGGGAUGUAAUGAACUUAAUGUGAUAGAAUCUCCUGUCGAAAAAGGGAGUGAUGGCAAAUAUAAUAGUACUCUUGAUCGGUGCCUUGGUUGUGAUCGACAGCCAAUAGUACAGGAUGGUUUAUUUUUGCUGAAUAAAUUACUUCUAACAGUACGAUCUUUCAUCCAUAAAUAUUACCAAGAUUGGAUGCGUUGCGAAGAACCUACGUGUGGUUAUCGUACUAGAAUGAUCACUAAUUUGACUAAACGGUUCGAACCUUUAUGUCCUUCAUGCGCUUCAAAAAAUACUCUGCUGAGAGAAUAUGAUGAAUCCCAAUUAUACAAUCAACUGAGCUAUUUCCAACAUCUUUUUGAUAUCGAAUACAUUAGGAGUAAGUUGGAGAAAAAAGAUGAGAGAUGUACCGCGUCAAAUGCUUUUUACCAGAACUGUAUAAGACUUAAAAAUCGAGUUGAUGAGUUUUUACAGUAUAAUGCCUAUAAUAUAAUCGAUCUUGGCGAAAUUUGCAAACAGAUGUUAAUGAAGUAGUGAUUUUUAUUCUAAACCGAAGGUGAUUUCAGUGUUUUAUGUUUGUUUUAAUAUUAUUUUUACGGAAUAUAGAUUGUAUAUGUUUUCUUAUUUUUUUCAUUUCGAUAUUUAUUUUUCAAAAAUCGUAAUAAAAGUAUCGUUUAUUUUUAAA